AUGUCGACACAACCAAGGCCAAUCUUCAUCUAUGGCACCAUGUGUGCGCUGCCUCUUCUCUCGUGGGUCUUGACAGGCGACGCUUCCAACGUUGAUUCUGUAUCUGCUCUCGUUCGCCAAGCGAGAGUUAGCGGCUACUCACGAUUUUCGCUUCACAAUCGCGACUACCCCGCCGCCGUCAAGCAAGACAACAUAUCUUCGUCGAUCGACGGCUAUCUCCUUACCCCGCAAACGGCGUCCCAACGCCGGAAGCUGGACGAUUUCGAAGGCGAGGCAUACAUGCCAACUCUCGUUACUGUCACGAUCCUCGAUAGCAACGGCGAGCCAAGUGGGGAGACGGUCGACGCGGAUAUGUACGUCUGGAACGGAGACAUGGAGGCCGUGUCUUCAGAGCCUUGGGACUUGGACGCAUUCAUCAGAGAAAGACUGGCCGAUUGGAUCGACCUCUUCGAGGGGAUGGAGCUCGUUGGGGGAGAUCAAGACCAAUAA